AUGGCAAGUUCGACCCUAGAACCAGGUCAGAUCAUCAAGCCAAUCAUCGACCACGAGGGAGUGAAGGCACUGGCCGAGCGACUGUACGGUAUCUCAGUCUUAGAGCUGAAGGAACUGAACGGCUACGAUGACAAGAACUACAAGAUUGAGGAGGACCCCAACGUGAAGAAUCCAUUGAUUACGUCACACAGCGAACAUGGAUAUGUGCUGAAGAUCAUGAACUCUAUAGACUCGCAGAACCCAUCCGUCGUCGAGGCCCAGAAUGAGAUUAUGAACUUUUUGGGUACUCGCUCCAUCACAUGCCCGAAGCCAAUCCGCAACGUGUAUGGCCACCUGCACUCCAUCGAGAACAUCGGAGGCAAGCAGCACGCCGUGCGCCUGCUGGAGUACGUGCCUGGUGAGCUGCUGCAGGGAGUGCCCAAGUCUGAGCAGCUGUACUACCAGGUCGGGGAGUUUGUCGCCAACCUGGAUAAUAAGCUGCAGAACUUCAACCACUCCGGGCUGGUGACCCGCGAGCACACGUGGAUGCUGACCAAGGUACCCGAGCUGGAGAAGUUCAAAUACGUCAUCAAGGAUGCUGAGAAACUGGAACUCGCUGAGGAGGUAAUAGAAGAGUUCAAGUACGCAGUUGUGCCACGACUGGACGAGCUGGAGAAGGGUGUAAUCCACGGAGACGUUAACGAGAUGAACGUACUCGUCGGCCUGAAGGAGGGAGGCAGCAAAUCCGACUACCGCGUGACUGGCAUCAUCGACUUCGGUGACAUCCAAUACUCAUACUACGUGUUCGAGCUGGCCAUCACGAUGACGUACAUGAUGCUGAUCGCUGGAGACCCUCGCGUCGGAGGCUACGUCCUCGCUGGGUACACGGUCAACAGGCGUCUGCCUGACGACGAGUACAGGCUACUUAAGACAUUGAUCUCAUCCCGCUUAAUCCAGAGUUUGAUUCUUGGGGCGUACACUAUUGAACAGGACCCUAACAACACGUACGUUACAUCGACUGAAAGAGCUAACGGUUGGGAAUUAUUGAAGAAGAUUCGCAAAUCGAAGCCCACGGAAGAUGUCGACCCAACUGACUGGAAGGAAAUCGCCAACGAAUACUUGACCAGGAGCUAA